GUCAUGGGCGUUACCGGAUCUGGCAAGAGCUCGUUCGUCUCUCUCCUUGCCGACCAGCACGUCGAGGUUUCGCACGGCUUGCAUUCUCACACCAUUCACGCCCAGGCGUACAGCUUCUUUGACGAGGCGAGCCAGCGCACCGUGUUCCUCGUGGACAUGCCAGGGUUCGACGACACGGUGCGAAGCGACGCCGAGAUCCUGAAAGAGGUCUCGUACUUCCUGGCGGCCCUGCACGGCAAGAACGUGCGCCUCGCGGGGCUCGUCUACCUGCACCGGAUAUCCGACGCGCGCGUGCCCGGGUCCGCCGUCAAGGACCUGCGCAUGUUCAAGGCGCUGGUCGGCGCCCACAACUACAGGCGCGUGGUGCUGGCCACAACCAUGUGGUCGGCGCUGGGCGGGGCCGGGACCGUCGGCGCGGAGCGGCAGGCCGAGCUCGAAGCCACGUUCUGGGCCGACAUGGUCCAGGCCGGCAGCCAGGUGUGGCAACACAGCGGCAGCCGCCGGUCGGCGCUAGACAUUGUCCGCUUUCUGGCGGCGGCCCCCGUCGUCACCUUGGCCAUCCAGCACGAGCUCAUGGUCGAGCGUAGGAUGCUAGGCGAGACGGCGGCCGGC